UCAGAGACGGAAAGCUAAAAGGCAAAGUAAGUUAGAGAAAGAAAGGAAGAGAGGUCCGAUAAUGGGGAGAAUCGUUUCAGUUUGGCUUGCUUUUGCUGUCAUCGCAUGCUCUCUAACGGCGAUCUCAGCUGAAGAGAGCGGCGAAUCGAAAGAGUUUGUGUUGACUUUGGAUCAAUCUAAUUUCACUGACACCGUCAGUAAGCACGAUUUCAUAGUCGUCGAAUUUUACGCUCCUUGGUGCGGACACUGUAAGAAUCUUGCUCCAGAGUAUGAGAAAGCAGCAUCUAUGUUGAGUAAACAUGAUCCUCCGAUCCUUCUAGCUAAAGUUGAUGCCAAUGAGGAAUCAAACAAAGAUUUAGCAAGUGAAUAUGAAGUCAGGGGUUUCCCGACUCUUAAAAUUUUGAGAAAUGGAGGAAAGAAUGUUCAAGAAUACAAAGGUCCACGUGAAGCUGAUGGUAUUGUGGAAUAUUUGAAGAAACAAAGUGGUCCUGCUUCUGCUGAGAUGAAGUCUGCAGAAGAUGCCAGUUCUUUUAUUGAUGAAAAGAAGAUAGUAAUUGUUGGUGUGUUCCCCAAAUUCUCCGGUCAAGAGUUUGACAACUAUAUGGCUCUUGCUGAGAAAUUGCGUUCUGACUAUGAAUUUGGUCAUACUUUGGAUGCUAAGUACCUUCCCCGUGGCGAGUCAUCAGUGACUGGCCCUGUGGUCAGACUUUUCAAGCCUUUUGAUGAACUCUUUGUUGACUUCAAGGAUUUUAAUGUGGAAGCUCUAGAGAAGUUUGUUGAAGAAUCUAGCAUUCCUCUUGUGACUCUCUUUAACAAUGACCCAAGCAACCACCCCUUCGUUAUCAAAUUCUAUAACAGUCCCCUUGUGAAGGCUAUGUUGUUCGCAAAUUUGAGCAAUGAAGGAGUUGAUUCCUUAAAAUCUAAAUUUCGUGAAGUUGCUGAGCAAUACAAAGGACAGGGUAUUGGUUUCCUUUUGGGAGAUCUUGAGGCUAGUCAAGCUGCCUUCCAGUAUUUUGGAGUUCAAGAAAGCCAAGUACCUCUCAUCAUCAUUCUGGAGAAUGAUGGGAAGAAGUAUUUGAAGCCAUACUUGGAGGCUGAUCACAUUGCACCAUGGGUAAAGGAUUACAAGGAAGGAAAAGUUCCACCAUAUGUAAAAUCUGAACCUAUUCCGGUGGAAAAUAAUGAACCUGUGAAAGUGGUGGUUGCUGACACCCUUGAUGACAUGGUUUUCAAAUCAGGAAAAAAUGUUCUGCUCGAGUUUUAUGCCCCCUGGUGCGGACAUUGCCAGAAAUUGGCACCAAUCUUGGAGGAAGUUGCUGUCCACUAUGAAAAUGAUGCUAAAGUUUUGAUUGCAAAACUUGAUGCAACUGCAAAUGAUAUAGUGGAUCCAAACUUUGAUGUUAGAGGCUACCCAACUGUGUACUUUAGAUCAGCGGACGGAAACAUAAGUGCAUACGAAGGUGAGAGGACAAAGGAAGACAUCAUUGACUUCAUUGAGAAGAACAGGGAAAAAACUGCUCAUCAAGAGGCAUUAAAAGAUGAGCUCUGAAGAGGGGACUUGAAAAGAGAAGAGACAUAAAUAGUGCAUUGUACGUUAAAUACGAGAAUUGCUAUUGACUAAGCGGAUGACUGAUCUCCCUUUUUUACCUUAUCUCCUUUAGCUUUACAUUUAAAAAAGACCUAGCUAUGAAUAAUGCAGGAUGUAUUUUUAUUUUUAGAAGGUUUAGACGAUGUUAUAAUAGUUUUGUAACAGUUAAAUUUGCUAUAGGAAACAUCCGAGCAAAACCUAGAGAGAGGAUAUUUUAAUUUAUUUUCUCUUUGCUUC